AUGGCUGUCACCAAGAUCUUGGUGCUCGGGAGCGGAAUGGUAGCUCGUCCUUGCGUGGAGUACCUCCUGAGAGAUCCUAAGAACCAUGUGACAAUCGCGUGUCGAACCUUGUCUACGGCUCAGAGCCUUGCAUCAAGCCUACCUCAGACCACCGCUAUCUCCCUUGAUGUUUCCAACUCUAUCGACCUUGACAGGGCCAUCCAAGCUCAUGAUCUCGUGAUAUCACUCGUUCCAUAUAUCUACCAUGGCACAGUGAUCAAAUUAGCAAUCAAAAACAAGGUCAAUGUCGUGACAACAAGUUACGUAUCCCCUACGAUCAAAGAGCUAGAAAAGGCUGCAAAAGAGGCGGGGAUUGUGGUUCUUAAUGAGGUGGGCGUAGAUCCCGGGGUCGAUCAUCUAUGGGCAAUUAAGAAAAUCGAAGAAGUCCAUGCAAAGGGUGGAAAGGUGAAGGAAUUCUACAGCUAUUGCGGCGGUCUGCCAGCGCUUGAAUGUGCGAAUAAUCCUCUUGGGUUCAAAUUCUCUUGGUCUCCACGGGGCGCUCUCAUGUCGCAAAUGAACUCGGCCUCAUUCAUUCUCAAUGGCAAACAAGUCGACAUUGCUGCUAAGGAUCUCAUGGCUACUGCUAAGCCGUAUUUCGUUGCAGAUGGUUACGACUUUGUCGCCUAUCCCAAUCGCGACUCUGUCCCCUUUCGCGAGUUCUAUAAGAUCCCUGAAGCGGAUACAGUCGUGAGAGGAUCGCUGAGAUACGAGGGUAACCCAGCGUUCAUCAAGGCGUUCGCGGAUGCUGGCUGGCUCGAUGCUGAUGAGAAGGGAUGGCUGAAAGCGGGAAUGACAUGGGCACAGAUCAGUCAACAUGUUACUGGUGCUGAUGAUUCUACUGAGAGCUCUCUUCUCGCAAGCAUCAGCAAGAAAUGCAACUUUCCUAGCGAGGCUGAGCGCGAUCGCAUCACCUCGGGCAUGCGUACCUUCGGUCUCUUCUCAUCCGAAAAAGCAACCAUACGCGGAGGUAAUCUUUUGGAUACUUUAUGUGGCCAACUGGAGAAACUUUUGAGCUUUCAGCCUGGCGAACGAGAUCUUGUGAUGCUUCAGCAUAAGUUCGUUGUGAAAUGGAAAGAUGGCAAAAAGGACACUUUCACCUCUACUCUUGAGCUAUUGGGAGAUCCGAAGGGAUACUCGGGCAUGUCAAAAUCAGUUGGCGUGACUUGUGGCAUUGCAACUCAACUGCUGCUGGACGGUCAUCCUGCUCUCAACACUCCAGGCGUUCUCGCGCCAUAUGAGAAGGAGAUCUGUGAUCCCAUCAGAGAAUUAUUAGAACUUGAAGGGAUCGAGAUGGUCGAGAAGAUCCUGUGA